GUCAACCACGACGAUGGUGCUGCCAACGAAGAAGGUUAUGCCAACAGCAGUGAAGACGAUGCAAAUGAUCGUUCCGCUUCGGAUGGUCGGUCUCUGGGCGAUAUCAUCUCUGGUUCUCCCUUUCUUGGGCCUAACCACCACGGAGGACAGAAGUUGUCAGGCUCUUCAGCUUCGGCUUAUUCUAGUUCAGGUCUUCCGAUGUCUGAUAAUUGCACCUUCACACAGUCUGCUGGGUCGCAUAACCCUCUGGGCAAUUCGGUUGCUUCUUAUUCGUCUUCUUCCGUAUCAGUGGCCUCAGCAGCGAAUCACACUCGGGCUCCAGCUGGUACAGAUCGCGUGGCACAUAAUACCCUUUACUCAGUUACCGGAGGACUGGCCUAUAUCACUUCUUCAGCGGAAAGCCAGGACGAAGACUCGGGCCCUUGACCCGAAUUUCAUUUAA